UAUCUCUCCCUCCGGCUCCCUGAGUCCAAGAGGGGGAAAGACUUUCUUCCCUCUGGCUUGACCUGCCUCUGGCCAGAUCAUGGCUUAUCUGAAGGCCUGAGAGGUGGGGCACCUAGCCCUACCCCAGCUUUCCAGUUCUUUCCGUUCCCUUCCUAGUGGUUCCUGAGACACACCGGGCCGGCACCUGUGCAGAGAUCUUACAGGGGAUUUCUACAGCCGUCAUUCCUGGUGAGCAGCUGAGUUGGUCCAGGCACAAUGUCCAGCGGAUUUGAGGAAGUCUCAAGAGUUGUGGUCCAAGAGGUAGAUCCUGGAGGGAAUGUGAUUGCUGUCCGAAGCAUCCUUGACGCUGACAGGUUUCACUGCUAUUCUCUGGUGAGGGGGAGGAGAAAUUUCUAGGGACGCCAGUACCACAGGAUAGACCUCACCCAAGAGGACAUACUGGAGAGAGGGGAGGGUGAAGGGCUGUUUGAUAAACUGGGUUCUGGGCCCCAAGAGCAGGGCCCAGAUUACUUGGGAGGCGGUGGACCUUUCCACAAGUGGAGUUUUGUUAAGCAAAGAACUCCAAAGGCUGAGUUCCAAGUUCUGGACAUGGUAGACUCAAAGGGAAUGUUGACAGUGAAAUUACCCAAAGAAAUAACAAUUGUAGGGGCCUUCCUAGUCAAGAUACUGGAGACCCGGAUACCCCAACAAUAUCUGGAUUCCCUUGAGCAUAGGGAGGCUGGAGUUGGGCAGCAUGGGGAGGGAGAGGGGGAAUACCCAGCUCUUAAUUGCUGUCUCUACAGGGAAGUCCUUGAGUUUAGAGGAUUUCAGAAAUGUGAAGGAGGAGGACAUGGUGAGGGGCCUCUAGGAUCUGAGAGAACAAAAAGAUGUGCUAAGCUGCCUCAGAGGGCAGUUGCCCCUCUACUAGAGUGGGACUGGUGUCAUCUCCCCCAUUUCCUGCCCCUAGGCGUUGGAGGUCCUGAUCUCUGGUGACCUACAGAUGGGAGGGUCUAGCAGGUCUUCUCAUGAGUACCUUUUUUAACGCUGCUGGGUUCUUGGUAAAGGCACAUACGGGAUCCAUUCUGGAUAUCUUGGAUGCUUUGAUUAGUGAGGAGGGAUGUGGCUGUAUGCUGAUGGAGGAAUUGCCGAGCAGAGGGGUCUGUGGGGAUUCAAAUCUUAGGAGGAAGGGGGCAUACAUUGCCUUUUACAUUUUGUGCAGGAUAGACCCUCACAUUUUAG